AUGUUCACCCUCCUUAUCGCACUCACGGCCGCCUCUUCCGCCCUUGGCCAGGCACUGCCGCAGAACGGCCCGAUCAAGCGCCAGGGCGCGAACGUCUGUCUCGACAACACCUGGGGCGACCUCACCGACGGCAACCAGAUCCAGGUCUACGAGUGCUUCGACACUGCGCCGAACCAGCAGUGGACGUGGGAGCCGAGCCGAAAGGUGAACAACGAACAGUUCUUCCACCUCAAGUUCGGCGACAAGUGCGUCGGCUUCCAAAUCCCCUCGACUGGCAACGCGGCCGGCGCGCACGUCGCGAUCGCCCCGUGCGACAGCGACAAGUGGCAGCUCGACUGGCGCUGGGCCGGCGAGAACAUCUGCUCCACGGGCAACCGCUGCAUGGAGGUCGGCAAGGGCAACAACGACAAGGUGACGAUCGGGUCGUGCCCGACCCCGUUUGUAGUGCCCGACCAGGCGUAA